ACAGUACCGAGUUUGCUCAACUGAGAUGAUGGCAUGCCUUGUAACCUAUCAGGUAAAUUAAUCUAUUAAUGUGAGAGGUCUUACCUUUUCUGGUUUGCGCGACACGGUCUCUUAAAAAUAACUCAUAGAGAAUGAGCAUAUGAAUUUCUAACCUAAGAGCGACUUUUUGAGAUUUCUUCACGUGAAUGACGGUGCAUAUUGCAAUGAAACAACUUUGGCUGACGACAAAAAAAAAAACGUACAACUCAGGAGGGAGAAAAAGCAAGUAUAAUGAAGGACUGCAGCAUGCGAAGCAAGAAAAAGUUAAUCAUCUGAGGCUUGAUUGUCCAGCACGCCAACAGGAGAAGAGCCAAUGUACAACUGCAGUGAAUGUUCUGCUAUAGCACAACAUAGAAAAUAAUUUUGCUGUUUUGUUUGAAACAAGAAAAGUUUGUGAAGCAUGGCUACAGAGGAAUCCGCUGGCUUGGCGCGGUCUGCCGCGGUUAAACUGUCCGAGAUGGGCGAAAGAACUAAACAAUUAGGCACUGCUAUUCAGGACCCUGAACGACAAAGCAGGAUUGUUCUAGUGAUUGUCUGUGUGGCACUUUUGUUAGAUAAUAUGCUUUACAUGGUGAUCGUACCAAUUGUACCAGAUUAUUUAGCCCGUCUAGAGAGUGAAUCAGAGCACUCCCACGAUGUGAUACAUGCAAAUUCCUCAGUCAACAGUACGCAAAAUCAGAACUUUGAUGUGCAGAUCGGUGUUCUUUUUGCCUCAAAAGCUAUUUUGCAGCUUAUUGUCAAUCCCUUGACGGGCACCUUUAUAGACCGUGUCGGAUACGACAUCCCUCUUUUAAUCGGACUUUCUAUUAUGUUCGUUUCCACCUGUAUUUUUGCCUUUGCUGAAAACUACGUAACUCUGUUCGUGGCACGCAGUCUACAAGGUCUUGGAUCAGCCUUCGCAGAUACUUCUGGGAUUGCUAUGAUAGCAGAUAGGUUCACAGAGGAGACAGAGAGAAGUCGAGCCUUGGGCAUUGCCUUGGCUUUCAUCUCCUUUGGAAGCCUGGCGGCGCCCCCCUUUGGUGGGGUGCUAUACGAGUUUGCAGGGAAGCGCGUUCCGUUCAUCGUCCUCGCCUGUGUAUGUUUAGCUGAUGGUAUUUUAUGCUUGACUGUUCUUAAACCAUUUUCCAGCAGGACUAGAGAAAAUAUGCCGGUUGGGACCCCAAUUUACAAACUAAUGAUUGAUCCCUACAUAGCAGUAGUGGCAGGUGCGUUGACGACGUGUAACAUACCACUGGCUUUUCUGGAACCCACUAUUGCAAACUGGAUGGAGGAGACCAUGGAUGCAUCCCAGUGGCAAAUCGGACUAACCUGGCUGCCAUCUUUUUUCCCUCAUAUUUUAGGUGUCUACAUCACUGUAAAACUGGCAGCGCAAUACCCACAUCUACAAUGGUUCUAUGGGGCUCUUGGUAUGGUUAUGAUUGGUGCAAGCUCUUGCACUGUGCCAGCAUGUAAAAACUUCGAGCAGUUAAUUAUCCCGCUGUGUGGCAUUUGUUUUGGUAUUGCAUUAGUAGACACGGCUUUGUUACCCACACUUGCGUUUCUAGUUGACGUACGUCAUGUAUCUGUGUAUGGUAGUGUAUAUGCUAUUGCAGACAUUUCCUACUGUGUCGCCUAUGCACUGGGACCUAUUGUAGCCGGUAAGAUAGUUCAUGACCUCGGUUUUGUGCAACUCAACCUGGGAAUGGGCCUUGCCAACGUGAUUUACGCACCAGCGUUACUUCUACUGCGAAAUGUAUGCCUAAUGAAGCCAUCUUAUUCCGAAAGAAACAUGUUGCUGCAGGAGGGACCUACAGGUCUCUACGACACUAUUAGGAUGGAAGAGCGUCAAGGCAAGAACGAGUCACACAGCACCGUUGCAAACUGUGCGCAUGUUGACGAACAUGGCAAAUUUGCUCGAAACUCAAGUUCAUACUCUGAAGAUGAAACAUUUAAACCUGAAUACAUAUAAACUGACCCGCGCGUUUAACGUCGGGCCGAUUUCCAGGACUAAUAUUAAGGCUAAAUAAGAUAUCGUAGUAGAGAAUCCCGGUUGAUGAUGUUAGUGCAAGAGUAGCCUUAAACUGUGUCUGGAAAACCAGCCUGUAAUGUAGCUCAGUUGCAGUCCUUACAAAGUGGUGCAAAAUGAACAAUCUACAAAACUUACUAAAACACUAUAUUACUCCAUAAUUUUAUGUACUAAUCACUGUACUAAUCACAGUCAUAGUCUUAUUCGAACUAAAUUACUCAACGCUUUUUAAGUCUACCAGUAAUCAAUGUUUGCUUUAAAAAUCAUUUUUAAUAGCCUAAGUGUGUUGCUUUACCCUUGAUUUACCCUUUAUGAAAAACAUCUGUAUCGUAUAACUAUUAAAAUAACUAUUAAAUUCAUUCAGGGAUAUAAAUAGCCUACAGUGUACGUGCACAUGUGAAAAUGUGCGUCAGUGUUUAAAUAUGCUUAAGCUACUGUUUUGCCAGGUUUGUGCUGCUAUACGUAAAAUGCAAUAUCACUUGACACUUUCAUUGAUUAAAUGAUGAUCUAAAUGAUCUAAUGUGUACCCUACGUCUCCAUUGUCCGUGUCGUGUAGCCUGUUACAUUGUUAAGAGUGUACUUCUGGAACGCGUCAUAGUAUGUUAUGAAACAUGAAUUGUAUAUAAUGUGUAUAUUAAAUGUACAUAUAAUUAAAAUAAUAUAUUUGGGACAGCCUUUCCCUACGGU